GGAGUAACGAAUUAAAUGAAUAAGAAACUUUAGGAUAGUUGUUAAUACUUAAUAUUAUAUACUGUAUUCAAGUGUUUGUGCACACUUAUGAACUCAAUUUGGCGCUUCACACUUCUACAUACUUGACAGCUUAAUCUAUAGAUACAGAGGAAUUACUUUCAUCUUAUUACAGUGUCUUCUUUGAACUACGUAAACACUCGGUCAUAGAACCUCAUGUUUUGGUAUCUGGUUGGACAUCAUAUUAUUCCCAACUUGGUUAAUAGUACGUCUAGUAGUAGAUAUAGAAUGAGACUAGGUGCAAUUAAUUACUAUAUACCACUUAACUAGCGCUUUAUUUCAAUCUUCAGUUCCUAUAAAGCGUGAAUAUUUUUUCAACUUAAAAGUAAAACGUUAUGACUUUAACAAGUGACAAUAUAUCAAUGGUGUGAAGGUAUAACAAUAUUGCAUUUGUGUUCAACUAGUAUCGUAAGGUUGGAGUAUACUGUUAACCCAAUGAGAAGAGGAUCCUACAACUCACAUGGGCUAUAGAAGAAUAUAUUACGACAAACGCAUCACGAUUAGGACAUCAAGGAUGUAGCUCUCAUCAUCUCCAUUCUUGACAUCGUCACUCCUGCAUGCGUCUCCAGAUAUGCAUUCUGGAUUUCACCAAAUAUAGGCUUUCUUCGAACAAUCCACGCUAAAACUACGCUUGGACUCAAAUUAUCUACACUUUUCUUCAUUUGCAAAUACACGUAAGGGUAAUACACAUUACAAGAAUAUGUUCAGAAAUCCAGUACAAUCAUUAAAGAAAUUCGCUUUGAAGCUGUUUUAUCGCACUAGCGUUGAAUCACAACCCAUCCUUGAGGUAUUAAGUUUCUUGACUUAUUCAUCACCUUCACUUAAUGCGAUCUAUGUCGAUAAUCCUAUCUUUAAACAUCUACUUUUAAAGGCUAUCCAAGAUUCAGAUGCUAGCUUCAAAUCUGAUAACUCUAAGAAGUCUACGAGAGUUGUUAAGCAAUUGAGCAUCAUUCCAGAAGAGCAAUCAGCAGAAAUUUUCCUUUGGGAAUGAUAGAAAAAUGAACAAAAACCCCUACCAUAAUUGCUGUUUACAUGUCAAUAAUCAAUAUUCGAAAAAUAUGGCGUUUCAUAUUCUCCUAUUAUACACACACUCAUUGUUUGUGAAAAGAUAAAACCAAAUGCAUAAUUCAAUCUUUACAAUAUAUACCUAUGGAUUCGCUAUUUUCAGAUUGUUUUUCUUUACUCUCGUGCCUCGAUUAAGUGACGACCUGUUACUGCUCGUUUUGAAACUAUUGUCACGGCUAACCUGUCCAACGAAAGAUGACCUUUUACUUCCACCGUUCUCCUCUUCAUCAUCGACAGGCUUGUCAGCUUCAAUUGCAGCUGUAACAAAUGCAGGUGGUGCAUCUUCAUCGUCUUCCUCUUUAGCUGCUAGCUGAUAAGAUGUUUGCAAUUCUGGUGAUUUUGGCUCUUUAGUAUGUUCAUUCACCGUAUCAGUAUCUACUAUUGGGGCGUUCUCAGCUGUGUUUUCUUCAUUCGUUGGAGGUAUUGAUGAAGCAUCUUUAUGCACUUCUUCAGCUACCUCAUUAUAGGCGUAAGAUGCCUGACUAUCACGAUGACCUUCGAUUAUUUCCAGAAUAUCAUUGUCACCAUUCUCCUUGUUCUCCAGUGUAUUAGGUUGCUCGAUAUCUUCAGCACUAAUUUUUAGAUCUUCUAAAGGUGCUUCAACAUGCGUUGGAGAAGCUUGUAUGCUAUCUUGCAUGAUAGAGGUUGAUCGUGACCUCACACCUGUACUACCAAAUUCAAGUUGAUCGAGUAACUCGUCAGGUGUAAGAUGUCUAUUACUGCCUGUACUUGAAACUGAUGAAUUGAAUGUUGAUCUCAAUACCCUCUCAUCAAUAGGCUUAGUACGCUUCCUCUGUGGUGUUUUCGUAGGCGUUAACUCUGCACCUUUUCUUUCAAUGACAGGUGUAAGUAUGUCCAUUGGAUGCUUGAUCAAAUCAAUAAGUAAAUUAGUCAUGUGACGAUCUUGAAUAGUAAGAUCCGUUUCUACACGUGGUCUGAAUAACAUCUGACGAGAAUGAGAGAUACUUUCUGCAAGUAUAUGCUGUCCUCCUCCUGUGAACCAGCCGACGUGGAAGUAAGGACAUCAUGUAAAUGCAAAAUGAUCUCGUUCAAGGUGACGAGAUUGACUAGAGGUACUCUAUCGAACACUUUCUGAAUAUCCUGGAAUGAAAUUUCAUGACCUUCUUCAUUGUAUUUAGGAUAAAUAGCUCUUGCAUCUUCCCAAGUGUUCAAACCUCCAAGUGGUGGACUAAGCUCAAGUGCAAAUAACUUAACACAUGCAGCCAGAACUGGGGCUUGUACGCCAUCAAGUACAGUUUCUAAAGCAGAGAUAUCUUUCACGUUUGGAACAUUGUGGAGCGCUAAGCUAACAUUGUGACAAGUAGCGAGUGGAAUAUCAAGUAUGAAAACCUUACGGAUAUGCUCAGGUUCUUUCAGUUGCUCAUACUUUCUCUCAAGACUUUUGAGCAUCAACUUGAGUACAAGUGGCGAAGAUCUUUGUAAAGGUGCAACGAUAUCUGGGCAUGGAAUCAAAUGAGUCAGAUCUGAACCAAACAACGUAAAAUUGGAAUCUUUGAGUGUAGUUGGUAGUGGUGAUUCAUAAAUUGAUGGUCUAAAUGGACCCGUCUUGUACUGAUCAAUGAAAGCUUGUAAAUCGGUCAUAGGGUUGAAAGUUUGUACAGCAAGAGCUGAGCUUUUAACAGAUUCUUGAAGGCUGUUCACGUAAUUGCUCUGCAUUUGAUUAUAUUUCAUCAGAAUAUGUCUAAUAAGAGACAACCUUGUAGUUUCGAUAGCUUGUAAAGACUUCAAAGUGUCCUCGAUGACCUCUUCUACAUACAUUUUCUGUCUGUGGAGUUGAGUGCGUGACUGCAUGUAUGUAGAGAGGGUAUCGUCUAGCUCACUCUUGAGUUGUUGAUGCUGUGUUGUGAAUUGAUAGUAACUAUCAACGUCAAACGCACUUUCAAAUGCAUUCUUGAGGGUGUUGACAUUCCUGAUAGGAAGGUUUGCGCAUAGCUCAGUCGCUUGUUGAUCGCUCAGCUUCAAUUUGAGCCUAAACCAAUUGAAGAUAUCUCUACCUAAGUAGCAAUCGUGACGUUCUCCAAGCAAUGGAACCUUAAUUACCAUUGAAGGAAGCUGCUCAAUGCAAUCACGAAGCUCAUUCCCUGAAUCAUUGAACUGAAUCAACUGAGUUUUAUAUGCGGAGUGUAACUGAGCAGUUGAGUCAUUUAAUUUCUGCAAUGGCAGGAGGUAACUAUCAACUAAUGAUUCUUUGGAUUUCAAUUUUGAACGUAUGGAGGCUGUGUCACGAUUAAGGAGCUGUACCAAAUCUUUGAGCUCAUCAGCGUAUCUUAACUUGAUGUCGAGUUCGUUGCUAUUACUAAGUGUACUAAAACUAACAGCGAGAGUAAAAUCAUUCGCUGAUUCCAGUUUCCGUCUGGUUUUCAACGAUUUGAUUGCAUCAGUCUCGGCUUUGAGUUGAAGCUCCAAAUAUUGUGAGAGCUGUACGUUCUCCUGAAUAUUCCUAUAAAGUAAUUCAAAAAGUCUGUUUAACUGUAGAUCGUCUGUCCAGAGACUAUUGUUGAAACUUGAGGGUAAUUGAAUCAUUCUGGACAUCAUAGCAUAAUCACAAGAAGUUUUGACGAGUAUAAGUGCCCAUAUAAAUUAUGAAGAAUAUUCAAAGCGUACUUAUAUACACG